CCGUGCACACACGUACGCACAGCAGCGAUAAUCCUCUCCACCGCCGCUGCACGCACGCACGCACUAAUUCGGCUCCAAUGGCGUCCCUCGUCGCCGUCCAGCCGGUCGCCGUGAAGGGCCUCGCCGGCAGCUCCAUGUCCGGCAGGAGGCUCGCCGUCAGGCCGUCGCCCAGCGCGCUCUGCGGCCGCACCGCCCGCAGGCCGCGCGCCGCCGUGGUGGCCAAGUACGGCGAGAAGAGCGUCUACUUCGACCUCGACGACAUCCGCAACACCACUGGCCAGUGGGACCUGUACGGCUCCGACGCGCCGUCGCCGUACAACUCGCUCCAGAGCAAGUUCUUCGAGACGUUCGCGGCGCCAUUCACCAAGAGGGGGCUCCUGCUCAAGUUCCUCCUCCUCGGCGGCGGCUCGCUGGUGGCCUACGUGAGCGCCUCGGCGUCGCCGGACCUGCUGCCGAUCAAGAAGGGGCCGCAGCUGCCGCCGACGCCAGGACCACGCGGCAAGAUCUAAAUUAAAUCCCCCAUCCCCAUCUCAUCACCUCGAUCGUCUGCCCUCCUCCUCUUCUUCUCGAUCCGAUCCGAUCCGAUCCACCAUCUGUACUGUACUGCUAGUCUCCAUGGCCGAUUUCCGCUGUUUAUGAUGUUGAUAUUGUACUCCCACGGCUAUAAGUUAUAAAAGGAUCCAAUUCGAUAUGCUGCAUGCGACGUACGACGAUCCCAUGUGUUCGGUUUUAGUUAUCUGUCUCCCUUCGAUUUCGCAUCUCGGUUUGCAUAGUUACUCGGUUUCUGCAGUAUUUAUGGUGGAUUUCUGGUUCAGGAGUAAAUCAAUAUCCAUAUUUACUUACUA